UCUCAUAUAUUUAUUUCUGCUUCAUUUUUUAUUUAAUUUUUUACAAAAAUUGCAAAAAAAGCUCCCUAAAUUCACAAAAAGCAGGGAAGCGGGAAGCCAAAGUUACCCAAUUCCUCUUCCCUAAAAUUGUCUAAACAGAUGUCCUUUCUCUUUUCUUGCAAUGAAAAAGUUAAUUUCCUUUUCAAUCAUCCUUGCAACACCGCACCAUCACUUCUCCACCGUGCUAAUCCCAAAUCUAUUUCUGCCACCGCCGCUCACCGCCGGAAAUUACGUUGGUUACCGAAACAUGAUUUAAUUUGUGAACUUUAUUAUGAUAAUUCUGUGUGCUUUACAAUUUUGAUUCUCCUUUUGUUUACCUUCUGUUAUGAUAGUGCUUACUUUUUGUUUUUGUUUUUUUUCUUAGAAUAAUUGAAAGAAUUGAGACAAGUUAAUUAAGGACAUGUAUGUAUGUUUUGAUUUUAGGUUUCAAUAGGGAAUAUUUCUCUAUAUUGAAAAAUGGUUUUUUCUUAUAAUUAUUUUCUUUUGUUGUUUCUUAGGGAUUUAAAAGAUGAUAGUGGAUCAUGUUGCUUUGUUAUAAAGGAUGCAGGUACGUUUACUUUUGUUUCAUUUUACAUUGAAUGUAGUCAGUUCCAAACAAUGCACUGGUCCAUUCCACUCUCAUCAAUUCAAACUUGUGGGUCAGCCUGUAUUGGGAUAGGGUUCGGUGGCUGUCCUUGGAAAUUUUUUAAAAAAUUUAUAGGAUUAAGAGGUAUUAUUAGGAAGGAUUUCAAAAGUUAAUAUGGGAGUUAAUUGGAAUUUAAGAGGAGAAUUAAAUGGGGGCAGAGUAUAGCAAAAAGUAAAAAAUGAGCAGAAACGGUAGAAACUACAUAAACCCCAAAAACACAGCGUUUAUGUGUUUUGACGGGCUUAGAAGAGUCGCCAGGCUUAGCAAAAUCGUAGAAUCGGACGAUCCUAUGAGCCGGAUUGCAAUUCUGACGAAUGUCCGACAUCCGCAGAAUAGACAUGACUCGUUGUUGGACAGGGACGAGUGUGCGACACCCAAAACACGUGUCUAUUGUCGCUAAAUCACUCUUUCAACUGAUGGAAACGCUUAUUGUCGAUUGUCUUGCAUCAAAUAGGCUCCAAAGUCCAUGUAUAAAAAUAAAGCAAAAUAAGGUUUUACUUUCUUUGUGCCUUAAGAGCGGAGAAGGAAGGAAAAUAAAAGCCAAUAACGACCAUAUCCAAUAAUGAGAGAAGCUUCAUAUUCACAAAUGCAAUGACAGAUUCUGACGUAUACAUUGUACUACAAUACUACUUCAAAAUUUAUUUAUCUCAACCCACUGAUUGGUUUAAGAGAUAAUUAGGAAAGAGAGAAGAAAAAGAGUGAGACCCACUAUUUUUCCCAAUAUCUUCAAAAGAGCAAAGAAAGAGAUUAGAAGUGUUAUUUGCACAAGCUCAAGCAUACACCUAAUAUAUUCAUACAUUAUAUAUAAAUCCACCAUCUUCCAUAUCACUUUAGAAGUGUUAUUUGCACAAGCUCAAGCUCAAGCAGACACCUAAUAUAUUCAUACAUUAUAUGUACACCCACCAUCUUCCAUUUCACGAACAGGAGGUUGAUGUAAGAAAACAAUUUUACACUCGUGAUUUGAAAAAGAAAGUUCUCUAUUAUUCCAAUACCAGUUUAUUCAAAGGCAAAUGUGCUAACUGGAGAGACACUGUUGGAUGUUCCAUGGCUCCUAAUCCACCCAAAUCAGAAGAGUUGCCUGAAGUAUUUAGAGAUGUUGUAAUAGAGUACUCCAAGAAUAUAAUGGCACUGGGAACUGCAAUUUUAGAGCUACUGUCAGAGGCUCUUGGUUUGGAUCCAUCAUACCUCAAGGAAUUAGAUUGUGUUGAAUAUUUCGGGAAAUCUAGCAACAUGGAAUUGGGUCAUUACUAUCCUCCAUGCCCUGAACCAAAAUUGACCAUGGGCACUUUUAAGCAUACUGACCGCAACUUCAUGACAUUACUCCUCCAAGACCAACUCGGGGGACUUCAAAUUCUUCAUGAGAAUCAGUGGCUUAAUGUUCCUCCUAUGCAUGGAGCUCUUCUGGUCAACAUAGGUGAUCUUCUUCAUCUUAUAACAAAUGACAACUUUGUGAAUGUUUUCCACCGUGUCUUGUCAAAUCAUAAAGUGCCAAGAAUUUCAGUUGCAUGUUUCUUUGUAAAUUCCAAGGACCCAGGCGAGGCCUCGUCAAAGAUAUACGGUCCUAUUAAAGAACUGUCAGAAGAGAAUUCACCAAUCUACCGGGACACAAGCAUAGCAGAAUUCACGGCACACCAUUACAAGAAGGGGCUCGAUGGAAAUUCUGUUUUGGAGCGUUUUAAGUUUUGAAAUAAUCAGAUUCGAUAGAAUCUGCAUUCUGGAUUUUUAUGGAGAUGGAAGUAAUAGUGUGUUAUCAUAAGUGUGCUUUUUAGACUUUGUAUGUUAAAGUUAUCUAUCAAUAAGGACAUGGAAUGUAAUAGUGUUAUCAUAGUUUGUUAUCAUAAGUUGCAGGGUAAUAUUUAGUAGUUAUUGCUAUAACGUAGACUACUUUUCAAGCUUUCUAUGGAUUUAUAAUUAUGAGUGUUUGUAAUGAUUUUUUA